GCCAGAGGGGGCGGGCCCCGCGACUGCGCUAAAGGGCGCGCGGCGCUCAUGUGACUUCAGCAUGGCGGUGUUCGCGGAUUUGGACCUGAGAGCGGGUUCCGACUUGAAGGCGCUGCGCGGGCUGGUGGAGAACGCCGCUCACCUGGGCUAUUCAGUUGUUGCCAUCAAUCAUGUUGUUGAAUUUAAGGAAAAGAAACAGGAAAUUGAAAAACCAAUAGCUGUGUCUGAGCUCUUUACAACUUUGCCAAUUGUACAGGGAAAAUCAAGACCGAUUAAAGUUUUAACUAGAUUGACAAUUAUCGUUUCGGAUCCAUCUCACUGCAAUGUUUUGAGAGCAACGUCUUCAAGGGUCCGGCUGUAUGAUAUCGUUGCUGUUUUUCCAAAGACAGAAAAACUAUUCCAUGUUGCUUGUACACAUUUAGAUGUGGAUUUAGUCUGCAUAACUGUAACAGAGAAACUACCAUUUUACUUCAAAAGACCCCCUAUUAAUGUGGCAAUUGACCGAGGUGUGGGCUUUGAACUUGUCUACAGCCCUGCCAUCAAAGAUUCCACAAUGAGAAGGUACACAAUUUCCAAUGCCCUCAAUUUGAUGCAGGUCUGCAAAGGAAAGAAUGUAAUUCUGUCUAGUGCUGCGGAAAGGCCUUUAGAAAUAAGAGGCCCAUACGAUGUGGCGAACUUAGGGUUGCUGUUCGCUGAGAGUGAUGCCAGGGCUGCCGUGUCCACCAACUGCCGAGCAGCGCUUCUACACGGAGAAACUAGAAAAACUGCUUUUGGAAUUAUUUCCACAGUGAAGAAACCUCGGCCAUCAGAAGCAGAUGAUGAUUCUCUUCCAGCUUGCAAGAAAGCCAAGUGUGAGGGCUGAAAAGAAUCCCCAGUCCUUGUCAGCGCUCCCUUCCUCCAUUUGGUAGUCCGUCCACCACAAUGGAAAUAAAAGCUUUGUAUGCUUUACUGUUUUCAUUUGGAGCUAGGAAUUGGUAGUCUAUGAAAACAAUUUUAUAUUCAAGCCAUUAAAAUAACAAAACCUAGUGAAGCAGUAAAAAAGAAGACCACCAGCUUAAUAGAAUUUUGAUAUACUUUAAGAGAAAAACAGAGACUGGCUUAUUUAUUAUUUGUAUUAAGGAUAAACAGCAGGUAUAAUUGAGUAAGAUGCUUCAGUAUUUCUGGGCAGUUGGAUGGUUCAGUCUGUUGGGCGUCCGACUUUGGCUCAGGUCACGAUCUCACAGUUUGUGAGGUCGGGCUCUGUGCUGACGGCUCAGAGCCUGGAGCCUCCCUGGGAUUCUGUGUUCCCCUCUCUCUCUGCCUCUCCCUUUCCCCCCAUCCCCCACCCCCAAAACAAACAUUAAAAAAAUUUUUUUUGAAGAUGUUUUCAAUA